GAAAACUAAUCUGCAGUAAUAGGCUACAUAUUUGGAGGGAAUGGCGACAUCAUGAGAGUUGAAACAGAUGGUGCCUCAAGGGAAACAGCUCGAGCGGAUUAUGGGAACGACAGCAAAGGUUGAUGUUAAUCCAGAUGGAGGUGCACACGAUCCAGAGGGUGAUUGGGACAGCGAGGAACACCUCAGCCAGGCCACCGAAAUAUUGGUUGAUUUUAUUAAAAUAAUCCAGAACAAAUUUCCUAACUGGAGCAGGGAGCAGCAGCUGAAAGGUUUGUUUGCAGCCUACAAUGUAGGGGAUGGUAAAGUCAAGAACUAUAAAGCUGUGGAUUACUACACAACACAUGGAGACUACUCAAAUGAUGUUGUUGCCAGAGCUCAUUGGUACAAAGAAAAAAGGGACUAUUAAAGCCUUUUUAAAAGCUGU